CCUUGUCCCGAAAAGACUAGUUUACGCCUCGCCACGCACAUGCUAGGCGGGGCAUAUUAUUCCUGUUGCACCAUUAGUUCUCGGAUUCUUAUCUCAAAUUUCAGCUCCGAAUUUAUUAGUUUCGAUUUAGUAUAUAGGGAAGACAACUCAUAGGCUUCACCGUUGCAUGCGACGUCAACUUAUACUGGCCAUCCCCUUGAUUAACCGGAUGAUGAAGUACACCAUUCUUAUCAACAAGUCCGUUGUGGGCGAAGACAGUUUACGAUAAUCAUUAUCGACGCAUCAAAGAAAAAGUCAAUAGUAUCGAAAAGAUCGAACGUUGCCCCUUGCAGUUGGACACAUGGAUUACCUAAAGUGGAUAUCCUUUGGCAGGAAGGAAAAGUACGUGGCCGAUUCUCAGUACUGUCCGCUUAGUCCCACAGUUGAUACUAACAUCUAGAAGGUCGAAGGAUGAUAUAGCCAGCGUCGACAAUAUCAAAAAUGGCAGUAAGCUCGGAAAACGUAAGGGUUCAAUCCUAAGGAGGAGGUAUUUCUCGCCAAUGACAACAUCAUCGCAAUAUACUGUUGAUACUUGCAAGGAUGUCGCCAUUGGAUCCACAUUGGAGAUACCUGGGACCAAGACGUCCAUAGCACCACCAAAUGGGGCAAGCCUCCCAAAUAAAAGGAAGUCUUGGUAUGGUAAAUCAAGCAAAAAGUCCGAAGGAUGCAAACCUAGCUCUACAAAUCAGGACAGUCCCCGCGAUCAAACUGGAGCCCUCAAAGAUCUGAAGGUUACCACCCGACAAUCAACGAAACAUACACGGAAGGAAAUACAAAUACCUAAGACGUCUUCAGAAAAUCUCAUCUCAAUCAUCGUCACAUCACCAACAUCAGAUUGCGAUGGUCAAGAACAGGACUGGAGUUUUACCUCCAACCGUGCAUCAUCACUUUCAUUAUCAUCACUAUCCAGCACCUCCAGUCUUGACACCACUCGUCUCAUGCCCCCCUCAACAUCCACACCUAUUUCCACCACCCAAAGAUGCCCGAAAUCCAACGAAGCACCUGAAGUGAAAAAAUGGCUUAUCGGAUGCAUGAACCGCAAAGCCGAUACACUCCCUCGAAAACUCAUCUAUCGCAUGAUGGAUAUAUAUAACAUCAAAGAAAACGAGCUUGAUCCGAAGAUGCUGGAGAAACUUAGGGAGGGCAUUGAAGAUGAAGGGGUAGUAUUUCAAGUCGACGUAGAAAGUGGAUCUGAUAGUAAUAAAAAGGAGGAAUUUAAUGGAGUGGAAGCUUUACAAUCAUUGCGGACUUCUUUUCGUUCUCAGGUUCAGGGCGAGGGAAAGGAAAAGAGAACGGGGAAGAAUAUCUCGGGACAUCUCAAUGAUACGAUCACGACUAAACUAAAUUCCAAAAGCAGUAGCAGCAAUAAUAACAACAACACCAACAACCACAUAAAACCAACCCAACCCAAAGUAGUCCCAGGCACAAACCCAAGAGUCUGGCAAAACCCCUCAUCCCGCUCUAGAAAUUGGCCCACGACCAAUAUCAACACAUCUCACGGUGUUUCAUUCCCUUUCCCACCAUAUACACAUUCAAAUACACAUCCAUCCACACUCUCGAAACAACGCGCACUCUCCUCGAAAAAUAACUCCUCUUAUCUACAUAGCGUGAAUGGUUAUUCGAAAAGAGGGAAGAGGGGCUCAACGAUUUCUCUAAGUAGUAUUCCGGAACAUGGUGUUAGUGUGGGAUUUGAUGUUUAUGGGUUUGAUGUGAAGGGGAAGGGGAAUGGGAAUGGUAGAUGGGAACAGAGGACCGGGAGAUCGAGGAGGGCUUCUUGGGAUGUGGGGGGUUCGAGUGUGGGUGCAGGGGGAGGGGUAGGGAGGAGUGCGAGGAGAUGAUGGGAUGGAUGGAUGGAUGGUAGGGGUUAAUUGAGUGAAGGGUAUGGAUAUGGAAAUGUAAGAGAAGGAUGGAUAUAAAUAAACGGAUCAGGAUCGAUAGGAAUGUGCUCAUGAAAGCAACCAAGCAAGCAAGGAAGGAAGAUUAUUUAAUCGGGCUGGCUACAUUAUAUAUUCUUCGCUGACUGCGCAGGCGUAUUGUAUUGGUGCAUAUAUAUAUAUGUAGCUAAGGGUUUAGUAUUUAAUGUAUAUACAUUUAUUUUUUAUUCAUCUAU